AUGACUGCCAUUCUCGAGAACCCGUCCAAACGCCCGGGCAUGAAUGCUGCCUGUGCAGAUGCGGACGAUGUGCCCAAGGACGGCACUGGUGUUGUGAAGCUGGAUCCAUGGCUGGCUCCAUUCAGCGAUGCCUUGAAACGACGUUACGCCAAAGCUCAGGAAUGGAUCAAGAAAAUCGAUGAAACGGAGGGUGGUGUAGAAAAGUUCUCCAUGGGAGUUGAUAAAUUCGGCUUUAAUAUCGACGACAAAAAUAACAUCACAUACCGAGAAUGGGCGCCAAACGCCACAAAAGCUUCCCUCGUCGGCGAAUUUAAUGACUGGAACCGGGACUCCCACCCAAUGAAGAAGGACGACUUUGGUGUUUUCGAGAUUGUCAUUCAUGCCCAGGAUGGCAAGCCAGCGAUAGAUCACAACUCCAAGAUCAAGAUCUCCCUCGAACUGCCCGGUUGCGGACGGGUUGACCGACUCCCGGCUUGGAUCACGUACGUAACACAAGAUUUGAGCGUCUCUCCAGCCUACGAAGCUCGCUUUUGGAACCCGCCACAGUGUGAGAAGUACAAGUUCAAGCACAUGCGUCCCAAGAAGCCGACGAGUGCUCGCGUGUACGAGGCACAUGUCGGCAUUUCCACCCCAGAUCAGCGUGUCGCAACCUACAAAGAGUUCACCAAGAACAUGCUGCCUCGAAUCAAAGACUUGGGCUACAACGUGAUCCAAUUGAUGGCAAUCAUGGAGCACGCUUACUAUGCCAGUUUCGGGUAUCAAGUGAACAGUUUCUUCGCCGCCAGCAGUCGCUAUGGUCCACCCGAGGACCUCAAGGAGCUUGUCGACACGGCUCAUGGUAUGGGUAUCGUUGUGCUCCUGGAUGUUGUUCACAGUCAUGCCUCGAAAAAUGUUCUGGAUGGGCUCAACGAGUUUGAUGGGACGGAUCACCAAUAUUUCCACACCGGUGGCAGGGGCCGCCACGAUCAGUGGGACAGCAGAUUGUUCAACUACGGCCACCAUGAAGUAAUGCGGUUCCUCCUUAGCAACCUGCGUUUUUGGAUGGAUGAAUAUCAGUUUGAUGGUUUCCGCUUUGAUGGCGUGACCAGCAUGCUCUAUUUGCACCACGGCAUGGGCACCGGCUUUUCCGGCGGUUAUCACGAGUACUUCGGCUCCGAUGUCGACGAAGAAGCAGUCGUGUAUCUCAUGCUGGCCAACGAAAUGUUGCACUUGCUGUAUCCGGAUUGUAUUACCAUUGCCGAAGAUGUCUCCGGCAUGCCUGCACUCUGCUUGCCUCUCUCGCUUGGCGGUGUUGGCUUCGACUACCGCCUGGCAAUGGCAAUCCCGGACAUGUGGAUCAAGAUACUAAAGGAGCUCAAGGACGAGCAGUGGGACCUCGCCAACAUUUGCUUCACCUUGACGAACCGCCGCCAUGGCGAAAAGACGAUCGCUUAUUGUGAAAGCCAUGACCAGGCGCUUGUCGGUGACAAGACUCUCAUCUUUCACCUUUGUGAUGCGGAAAUGUACACCAAUAUGUCAACACUGUCACCGCUGACACCGGUGAUCGAGCGUGGCAUGGGUCUUCACAAAAUGAUCCGGCUCCUGACUCACGCGUUGGGUGGCGAGGGGUACCUGAAUUUCGAGGGCAACGAGUUUGGUCACCCCGAGUGGCUCGACUUCCCACGAGAGGGAAACAACAACUCGUUCUGGUAUGCUCGUAGGCAGCUGAACUUGACGGAAGACCACCUACUUCGCUACCAGUAUUUGAACAAUUUUGAUCGCAUGAUGAACAAGUGCGAGGAGAAAUAUGGCUGGCUUCAUGCGCAACAGGCCUACAUCUCCUUGAAGAAUGAAAGCGACAAGGUGAUUGUUUUCGAGAGAGCUGGACUCGUUUUUAUCUUCAACUUUCACCCUUCCGAGAGCUUCAAAGACUAUCGGAUCGGCAUCGAGACUGCGGGAACAUACCGCGUUGUUCUCAACUCCGACGCCAAGGACGCUGGCGGUUUCAGCAGGAUUGACGAAAACACUCGUUUUUUCACAACUCCAAUGGAAUGGAACGGCCGGAAGAACUGGACUCACAUCUACAUCCCCACUCGCACUGCUCUGGUUCUGGCAUUGGAGGAAACGGUGGCCUAG